UAGUAGGAGUAGUACCGUAGUAGUAGUGGUGGUGGUGGUGGGGCUAAAAUGUAAAAUGUAAGCCCCCACAAGAGUAAAAAGUGUUAGGAAGAAAGGGGGACAAGUGUAGUCCUUCAAAAGAUAUAUUGAAUUGGCAAUAUCAAGGUUCAUCAUCACCCAAACACCUCCAUGUUCUCGCAAUUAAGGACCUCCUCUUCCUUAGCUUCUUUUUUUUUCUUUUCUUUUUUUUCUAAUUGGAAAAACCUUCUUUUAUAACCCUCUAUAUAUAUGUUCAUAUUAAAAGGUCUCUUAGCACACUACUACACCCUUUCUAUCCUAAACAACAUAACUCAAGGAAAAAAAAAAAACCCCUAGCUUUAAUCCCCUCAUUUAAAUACUAGAUAGCUAGUUUUUAAACUUUUUUUUUUUUUUUUUUUUUUUGCCCUAAUUAUACACAUUAAUAUAUAUAUAUACUCACACUUUUUUUAGAUCAUUAUCUUAUCAUGUCUUUGGUUGCGCUUAAAUUUUUGGCUGCCUUGUUAUUACUUCAAAUGCAUGCAUGCAAUGCAAGGCACACCUUUGAUCUUGUUUCCUAUACCAAGGUGGUGGAUGCUGGUGAGAAAACAAAGCUAGUACAUCAUGAAAUUGAUCUCAAGGGAUCUCAUAUAUUUGAGGAUAUCAUGUAUACAUCUUCAGAUGACUUAUCAAUUGCUACGUUGGAAAAUAACUCAAGGCCGUCAAAGGAAAUGCAGGGAUUAUUCAAAGUGAAGGCAAGAUCAAUGCUAGAAUCUAAGUCGCAUGAUGAGACCAAACAACCGAGUACUAGUGAUGCAAAUGAAGGUGAAUCCGUGGAGGACGCCGUGGUCAUGGAUUAUGUUCAUCCCCAUCGCAAGUCUCCGAUUCACAACCAUCAUUAGCUAGCUAUAUAAUAAAGUCCUUAUAUGAUUAUCAAUCUAAGCUCUUAAAACAAUGUUUACGUUUAAACAUAAAACAAAAAUAUCAUUUCCCCUCUUUUGAGUCUGAUUUUCAGACAUGUAACAUGAUUAAACCUAUAAUAUUAAGUAUGUAGUGGAUCCACAGGACCACAGUUUUUCCUUUUUUUUUUUUUUUUAUUUUUUUAUUUUUUUUGUGUGUGUUUGUAUCCUUGAACAACGAUAUGUAUGAAGUGUGAAUAUAUUUUGUAACUUAUUAUAUAUAUAUUGCGGUCAAGGAAUUAUAUUAAUGAAUUGAAGUUUAACGUGAAAGAUCAAGUGGAGGGCCAUGUUUGACAAGUAUGGUGCUUGGUUCCUCUUUAUUACAAUACACUGAGGGAGAGGCGGCAGGUAUCUGUUAUUAACUGCUAUUUCAGUUAUGCUCAACUACCAAUCUCCCGCCAUGUAACUGUAACAGAUGAUUAAAAAUUAUUCUAUGGAUUAUAAUCAACAUGCUAUAUGUUCAUGAUUUUCACUCAUGAAGUCAUGGACCAUACG